AUGGUCUCAUUAUAUCCCUUAUCGCAGUCCGCUAAGUUCGUCUUCUACUUUAAUGUAGUUUUCACUACCUUGUGGGCGUGCUGUUUUAUCAGGUUUUUGAUACUAUUAGUAUUAGUAGGGAAAAGAUUCUUACCUGGUGGUAUUGCAGACUUCUUCCAUGUGGUUUCAUUGGCUCCUCUCAUCAGCUUCUUCUACGUGAAGGGUUUGAUUCAAAGGAAGUUUUCAUUACGUGACGCGUGGAGCUUGGGAAAUGCGAUUAGAAUGGUAUGGAUUUGUUACGGUGUCAUCUACCCCAGCCCUAAAAUAGCCAAACAUACUUCCUAUUCAUAUCUAAUUUUGUCAUGGUGUAUGCUGGGACUAAUUCACUAUGGCUAUUAUUCGUUCAAGGUCAAGACAGGAGGAUCUCCAAGGUGGCUCUUUUGGUUAAAAUAUCAUCAUUUUUUUGUAACGUUUCCUCUAGGCUUCGUUUCAGAAAUGAUCUUAACCUUUUUGAGUCUUGCAUAUGUGGAUGAUGGGCUGAUUUUUGAAAUUUUAUUGAAGACCCAGCUCCUAUCCUAUGUUCCACUUGGCUAUUUAACUUGGGUCUACUUGGCACACACGAAAAUGGAGAAAUAUAAUAACAUCAUCAGAAAAAAGCAAGAGCGUCGGCCACGAGAGGAGCAAAAUGAAAAUAUCGCUUCAAGUGUCUCUGGGUAUGGAGAUAAUUAUCAAUUAUCUGACAUGAGUUCCCAACAAACUAACCGUGCCCAGUCACAGCAUUAA